GUUUUUAGCAUUGACAGCGUUUAAAUGGAUACAGAGCGUUCAGUCUUAUUGUUUUUACAAGCUCUGUAAAAUGAAUUACAUUUGAUUGAAUGUAAUGUUUUAGUGCUUUAUCUAGCGAUAAAGCACAUAUAUUUUUUCUGAGUAAAGCGCAUCCACACAUGAGUAACAAAAGGACAGUGUCCAAACACCCCCAAACUCCCGCUGAAGCAACUGAGAUCCACGUGACGCACCAUUAUAAAGAUGGAGUUUAUUAAGGAUGAGACUGAAGAGGAAAGGCUUGUAGAAGUAUUCCGCGUGAAACAAGAAGAUACUGAGGAACAAAUUAAGAUUGUGUUUAUUAAAGAGGAGAGCGAAGACACGAGUUAUGAAGAAGCUUUCGGAGUCCAACAUGAAGAUAUUGAGACACAAACAGAGAUGGUGUUUAUUAAAGAGGAGAGCGACGACAUGAGUGAUGAAGAAACAUUCAGAGUCCAACAUGAAGAUACUGAGACACAAACAGAACUGAAUCAGCUAAAAGAGAUGAGUCACGAACUGAAGGAAAUGGAGGAGAAUAAUCCACGUGAGAAAGAUUAUUUAAUAACUGAAGAAAUAAGUUGCUCAUAUACAAAAAAUAAUUCCCAAAAAAGAGCUCGGAAGGCAGAAGCUAAAAGUCAUUUUAGCUGCCAACUGUGUGGAAAAAGUUUUGCUCGAAAAACAAACCUUAAAGUCCACAUAAAAAGACAUACUGGAGAAAAGCCUUUUGCAUGCAAAGAGUGUGAGAAAAGUUUCACACACAAAGCAAGCCUUAACGUUCACAUGAGGAAUCACACUGGGGAAAAGCCUUACACCUGUCAGCAGUGUGGAGAAAGUUUUAAACGUAAAGGAAACCUUAAUUGCCACAUGAAAAUUCAUUCUGGUGAGAGCCCUGACAACUGCCAACAGCAUGGAAAGAGCUUUGAUCAACAAGGAAAGCUUAAAGUAAACAUGACAUUGCACACUGUAGAAAAGCAUUUCAUUUGCCAACAGUGUGGAAAGAGUUUUGACCAACAAGGAAACCUUAAAGUUCACAUGAGAGUUCACACUGGAGAAAAGCCUUAUACCUGCCAACAGUGUGGAAAAAGUUUUACUCAAAAAGGAACAUAUAAUGUUCACAUGAGAAUUCACACUGGAAAGAGCUCUUUCGCCUGCGGUCUGUGUGGGAGGAACUUCACACGAAAGAACAAUGUUAAGACUCACAUGAGAAUUCACACUGGAGAGAAACCUUACACUUGUAAACAGUGUGGAAAGAGUUUUACACAUAAAGGACACAUUAAUACCCACAUGAGAGUCCACACUACAGAGAAGCCAUUUUCAUGCGAUCAGUGUGGAAAGAGUUUCAAAUGUAAAAUACACCUUAAUAAUCACAUGGGGAUUCACACUAGAGAGGACUUUUAUAUGCCAUUAUUGUGAAAGGAGUUUCACACAAAAAAAAAAAAACAUCUUAAGAAUCAUGUAAAAAUUCUCAUAGCAGAGAAUGUGCCAUCAUUGUGGACAGUUACACAAACAUUGGAAAACUUAUGGAUAGGUAAUUCACACACGCACACGUGUUAAAUUUCUCUCGAUAAUUAAUUUAAAUGCUAUAAUCCAAAAAAAAGUGAUCUUACCACACUACUUCAUCUCUGUGUUUCAUAUAAAGCAAGAAGAAUGAUACAUCUAAUAAGCCACAAAUUACAAAAAAUAUUUUUACACUUCUGGUCAUAUAUUGUAUUGCAAACAUGAACAGCUUGAAGUUCUUAAUGCUUUGCGUUCAGGUGGUUCUUUGUCUCUACAUUGUGCAUUAAAGUUAUUUAAUGCACAACUAGCCAUGGGAUAUCCUUUACAAAAAACAUGGCAUUUUAUCAUUCAUUCCUAAUGCAGGUUCAAGGGUUCACAUACUCCGCCAGCUUCGCCAGGCAAAAGAGGAUGCUUACAGUAGUGAGGUUAAAGCCUUGUACAAACAAACAAAAGCACGCUGACAAAAGACAUCAGAGUGGCGAAGUUACUUGAAAAGCUGAAAAAACUGUUUUCUAUCCAUGAGCCUGCAUCAGUUUGGAAUUCCUUCAAAACUAUUACCAGCUACAAGAUGCCAUCCCCCAGCACUGAGGUGAAUCAACAACUGGCUGAAGACCUGAAUGAGUUCUACUGCGGGUUUGAAUAGCCUGGUCUCACAUCUCUCACCUGCUCUGACUGUCUCUCCACACAACCUUUAAACAUACCCCGUUCCUCCCACCUACUGCUUCCUAGCCUGCACUCAAGAUCUGUGAGGAAGAUGUCUGUAGAGACUUCAGAAAAAGUAGAAAAAAGUAAAGCCUAAAGCCCAGACAGUGUCUCACCAGCCUGUCUCAAAGCCUGUGUGAUACAUCUUCAGAUCACUGGAGCUGUAUGAAGUCCCCUCCUGCUUCAAGUGCUCUAACAUCAUCCCUAUAAUAAAGAAACCAAAAAAUCCCAGGGCUAAAUGACUAUAGACUUAUUGCCCUUAAAUCUGUGGUCAUGAAGACAUUUUAAGUCAUUUGGUUUUUGGCCCACUUUAAGGACAUUACUGAACCUUUGCUAAACCCUAUUCAAUUAGCUUAUCAAGCAAACAGGUGCAUGGAUAAACUUCCUGAAACACGCAACUGAACACACACACAACUGUGGAGAUGAUCGCAGACUUUAGGAUAAACCUCCCUGCACUCCCUCUACUCACCAUUAUAUACAGCACGGUGUCAUUCGGUUUCCUGGGCAUGACCAUCUCUCAGGACCUGAAAUGGGAAACUCACAAAGUUUUCUUGCCACCAAGAGUUAAAGACUGUUAAACUUUUGGUAAAACAGCACUCAUCACUGUCACUUUUUAGUUAUCUGAACAAUCACAGUGAAGGAGGGGCGGGACUAGGGCUGCAUGAUAAAUCACAUGCAAUUGUCAUGCGCAUCUUGUCAGUAAAGCUGGUUCUGUGAUUAGUAGUUAAUCUCCAUCUCUCCAUUAAGUGUGCUCCGAUGGAAUGGACUUUAAUACACAGAGCCGUAGUUUGCUGACCAGCUAUGCAAUAUCGAGUUCAUAAUCGCAGGUUAAAAAAUAAUGCUUGGAGAAACAUUUCAUUAGGGAUUCGUCGGUCAUACUGCUUCAGCAUAUAUUCCAUAUCAGAUCAACCACAACGUUUAAUUUUUUUUAAAAACGCGGCACUGUCAAGUUCUCACAGCUUGGUGUUUUCAGCUGGCUUUGGUGGACACACGGCCUUAUUGUUACUUGCCGCUACACAUAUAGCCUGUUACAUUAACAUUUAAUCAGUAAGCAGAUGCUUAAAUCCAAAACGACUUUCAAAUGAGAACAAUAGAAGCAAUCCGAUCAAUGAUAGAACAAUAGUAUACAAGUGCCAUGACAAGUUUCAGUUAAUCUAGCGCAGUAGACAGUGUUUUAUAUAUAUAUAUAUAUAGAAUAGAAUAGAAAAGAAAAGGUAUGUGCUAGUAUUAGUUGGUCAUGUGCUGGCAAAAAAGAUUUUUUUUUGAAAAUGACUGAAGACUCGAAUUGAGAUUGGGAGGUCAUUCCACCUGCUGGUUACAGUCCAGGAAAAGGUCUAUGAGAGGGAUUUUGAAUCUCUUUGGGAUGGUUCUGUUCACUUGCAGAACGCAAGCUUCUGGAGGGCGCAUAAAUUUGAACUAGUGAGUUUAGGUAUAUUGGUGCAAUGUCAGUGGUCGUCUUGUAGGCAAGCAUUAGUACCUUGAAUUUCAUGCACUUGUCUAUGGGUAGCCAGUGUAACCUCUUUUUGGGGGAAGUCGUGGCCUAAUGGUUAGAGGGUCGGACUCCCAAUCGAAGGGUUGUGAGUUCGAGUCUCAGGCCAGCAGGAAUUGUAGGUGGGGGGAGUGCAUGUACAGUGCUCUCUCCACCCUCAAUACCACGACUUAGGUGCCCUUGAGCAAGGGAUCAAACUAGUGUGUGUGUUCACUGCUCUGUGUGUGUGCACCUUGGAUGGGUUAAAUGCAGAGCACGAAUUCUGAGUAUGGGUCACCAUACUUGGCUGAAUGUCACGUCACUCUUGCUGCUGCGUUCUGGAUCAGUUGCAGAAGCUUGAUAGAACAUACAGGAAGGCCCGUAAGAGAGCAUUACAAUAGUCCAGUCUGGAGAGAACAAGUGCUUGGACAAGAAGUUGGGUGACUUGCUCUGACAGGAAGGGUAUAAUCUUCCUAAUGUUGUAUAAGGCAAAUCUGCAGGGCCAGGUGAUUGUAGCAAUAUGGUCUGUGAAGCUUAACUGAUGAUCGAUUGAUCUCCUAGCUUUCUGGUGUUCCUGGAAGGAGUUAUGGUUGACGAACCCAGCCGUAUAGAGAAGUUGUGAUGAAACGAUGGGUAAGCUUGAAUCACCAGGAGUUCUGUCUUAGUAAGGCUGAGCUGAAGGUGAUGGUCCUUCAUCCAGCUAGAAAUGUCUCUCAGACAGGCUGAAAUGUGAGCAGCUACCGUAGGAUCAUCUGGUUGGAAUGAGAAGUAAAGUUGAGUGUCAUCAGCAUAGCAGUGGUAAGAAAAGCCAUGUUUCUGAAUGACAGAUCCUAAUGACGUCAUGUAGAUGAAGAAGAGUGGUCCAAGCACUUAGCCUUGAGGAACCCCAGUAGCAAGAAGUUGUGACUUAGAAACAUCACCUCUCCAAGACACCUUGAAGGACCUACCUGAGAGCGGUUAGAGAUGCUGAUCCUUUUUAGGGUGCACAAGAGAAUCUAGUGGUUAACUGUGUCAAAAGCAGCAGACAGAUCCAGCAUGAUGAAUACUGAGGUUUGGAAGCUGCUCUUGCCAGUCGCAGGGCUUUAGUUAUUUAAAAAGGGGCAGUCUCAGUUAAGUGGCCACUUUUCAAGGCAGCUUGGUUGCUGUCCAGAAGGUUCUGUACUAGAAACAUUGGUUGAACACAACUUGCUCAACUGUCUCAACUAGAAAUGAAUGAAAAAAAGGGAUCUGUAGUCUUCUUAAAGUGCUGGAUUUAGAGACCGUUUCUCAAGCAGUAGGCUUACCUGACCCUGCUUAAAUGCUGUGGGAAAUGUACCAGAGUGAAGAGAAGUGUUAAUAAUGUGAAUAAGUAAAGGUAUGAAUGAAGAAGAAAUGACCUGAAGGAGGUGAGUGGGGAUAGGAUCAAGUGGACAAGUUGUAGGAUGAUUGGAAAGGAUAAGUUUGGAAAAACUUCCAUCUCCAAGAGUGGAGGGAAGAAGGAGAGAGAGUGUAUUUUAUUCGUUAUGAAGUUAUCAUUAGUCUGCAGUGUGGGGAAUUGUUUUUUUAUUUAAAAAACUAAACCUACAUAAAUGUUUAAAAACUACACAUAAAUAUAAAUUAAAUUAAAACUUAGGAGUUAAAUAAGAACUGUACUGCUAAGUACAAUACAUUUGUUAUUUAAUCACAGAUUUUAAGAGUUUUAUUUAAAAUCUUUUAAUAUUUAAGUUUUAUUUACCUGAACGUAGGCACAGAGCGGUGUUAAUGUUCAAACUGUGUAUUUUACAAUGUUAAAAGUGGAUGACAAUAAUAAAUAGUCUUAUUAGGAAUAUUUUUUUUAAAGGGGUCAUAUGAUGCAAUUUCAAUUUUUCCUUUCUCUUUGGAGUAUUCCAAGCUCUUGGUGUAUAAAGAAGAUCUGUAAAGUUGAUAUUCUUUAUAAAAAUUAAGAGUCAACCACACACCCCUAAAACGGCUCCGUCAAACUCGUUCUAUCAUGAUGUGAGAAGAUUUACAUAAUGCCACUCAAAAGUUCACGCAAAGAAAAAAGGCAUAACUUUUUUUUAUCUCUAUUGCAGCUGCCGUCAUGUCGUGGAGUCAAUGUGUGUUUCAUUGUGAAAGCGAAACUACUUGUUUGUCCUUCCAAAAGAGGACAAGACUAAAAAUCAUUGGUUAAGUUGUGUUUCAACACUUUUCCAGAACAGUCCAUCCCAAAUAUUCAGAUGUGUGCAGUGUAUUUUAUGAAGGAGGAGGACUGUUUCCUGAAAGAAUGGCCUGCAGUGUGUCUGUGGCACAACUGCUGUUUCUAUAAAGUGGGGCAGUUCAAACUUUGCAAGGACAGUCUGGCGCUUCUGACUCAGCCUGUAAGUACCAUAUUUAUAUGUAAAUAAUUUGCCAUAAUGAUUAAAGCAUGAGUUUUUAGCAGUGUAGAGUAGGUUUGUUUCUUGUUACUCAGAUCAGAAAUGCAGAAAUGCUUUUAUGGUUACGCAGCGCAAUACCCAACGCAACGCGUAAAAAGACCGUAUAAGUCAUUAUAAUCUGUAAUUAUGUGCCUAAUGGAUGCAAAAAUGUCUCGUUUGUCAUGGGGUUUGUUGAUUUCGUCUUGUCUAGUGAUGUCCAGAGCGCGAACAAGUUUUUCCAUUUAACCAGAUCUUCUUAGAGAACCGGUUGAACCGGUUCACCAAAUCGAACUGAAUCUUUUGAAACUGUUCAUGUCUCCAGUACGCACUAAUCCACAAAUUACUUAAGAAAUUACACUCCCUCUGACGAGAAAUAAACCAAUAUCCCGAGUUAUUCAGUUACUCCUAACAGUACAUUGACUGAACUGCUAAAAGAGAACCGAUGAUGGGAUGUGUACAAGCAGAGCAGCUGGACUGAGUCUCGUGCUGCUAAAAACAUCCCACCUCUCCACCUUAAAUAACACAUCAAUUUGCUACCUGCUUUUAUUUAAUUUAAAUGUCAAAUUAAAAUUUGGUUUAUUUGCUAUCUGCUUUUGUAUAAUUCAGUGGUUUUGUGGUGUUAUGCAUUAUACAAAUACAGAUUUUUAUCAGCUGUAAAUACAGUAAAUAAUGCUUACAUCUGUACAUAAACCUUGUAAUUUCUAAUGUAAGUUACUUUAUUAUAUAUAUAUAUAUAUAUAUAUGUAUGUGUGUGUGUGUGUGUGCAUUUAUUUAUUUUACGUAUGUGUUUUAUGUUAUUCUUUCUCUCGUGUUAUAUAUGUUUGUACCCAGAGCUCCUGGAAACCAAAACUAAUUCCUUGUGUGUUUGUGAAAACUUAGUGAAUAAAGCUCAUUCUGAUCUGAUUCAGUGAAAGUGA